CUUGAACCCACGUAUAAUGUAGAGUACAGACAGCACACCACUCAUACAUAUUCUCCGUCUCGGGGCUUUUCAAGAUCUCUACCAACUCCAGUUGUGUCGCCCGGCUCCCGGACAAAAGUUCCGAAGCCACUAUCAGCGCGCCCAUUGUCCCUUCCGCACACACAUCUCCAACGUUGCACGUCUCCACUCAGUACGUGUUCCUGGAGAAAUACCGCCUCGGCAAUCGAUACCAUCUCUUGGAGACUGGAGCAGGGCGAGCUCAGGACCACCCGAUAGGUCGAGGCUCACAUGUGGUUUACAGCACGUUUACAGGACGACUGGCACUCGCUGGCGAUCGUUGACACCGCUUCAUGAAGCGACCCUACUCAGGUCUGUCGUGGCCUGUGACCUCAUGCAAUCCCUGUUCCAUAGAUGGUGAUCCCCAUGAUUUCGAGUCAGGAAGCAGUCCGAGUGGAGCGUGAUGUCCGUGGUUAUUAACCAGCGUCAGCGGUUAUCAUGCUCGCUCUGCGAAUUUGUUGCAAGUGGCUUCCGCGCUCAUUUCCGUGUGCAUAUAUUGCCGCCCACUGUCUGUUCUUUAUCAAAGGAUAAGCGAUGACACCCUGGGCACGACGUGGAGCUCAGUCGUUCCCACCUAUUAGAGCUAGAAGAGACACUCGAGGACCCUAUAUUAGGCUCUCAAGACAUGGAACCUGUCUGCGCACCGUUUGGGUAGUAGAGAAGCUUCAGGUACUGAGCACUUGCUGUAAAAGUAGUGUUCCACAGGCUAUGCGAAGCAUAAAUCGUCUUCGGAGGACUAUGAGUCUAAGGAACUCGCGCGGCAUAGUAAGCGAAACGCCAUCACGUGAUCGAGUGAGCCAUUCCGCGUACACAGAUAAGGAAACUCGGGACUUGCCGACGUCAUUGCAUGCACUGCUUCAUUUUGACAACCACGAUUGAGCGCGAUCGCUUGCCUGUCUCCAGUCUCUUUUACUCGAAGGAUUCAUUUUGAUCGCUUUCCCACACAUAUGUCGAAAUUGCUGCCGGAACUCUCCAAAGCAUUCCACGCAGGGCACGUCAACCGCUGCCUCACCGGCCUUCCAGGCUCGCAUGUCGAGUACGAUGCAUCCCGUAUGGCCGUAGGUUUUUACUGCAUCGGGGCGCUCGAUCUCCUGGGUCUGUUGGAGAAAAAAACGACACCGACUGACCGUAGGUUGUGGAAGGAGUGGAUAUGGGAACAGCAGAUUCACGGACCAGUUGGAUCCGGAUUCCGGCCCAGUCCGUUCGUCACUCCGUAUGCCGCGCAAGCUGAACCUUACGACGCGCACAACGGACCGCAUCUCGUGAUGUCCUAUACUGCCAUCCUGACGCUCGCGAUACUUCGCGACGAUUUCGCGCAAUUGGAUAGGCCCGGCCUGGUCACGUUCGUCCGCUCGUGCCAAAGGGCGGAUGGCAGUUUCGCAAUUACACCCGGCAGCAACGAAUGUGACCUGCGAAGCCUGUACUGUGCCUUUGCCAUUUGUGACAUGCUCGGCGAUUGGAGCGGAAUUGACGUCGCGCGCAGUCUGGAGUACAUCUCCCGAUGCAGGACAUACGAAGGCGGUUAUGGUCAGGAUCCUUUCUGUGAAGCUUCGGGCGGGCCGACAUACAUAGCACUGGCAUCUCUCCAUCUAGCUACUCGAGACACCGGAUCCCCGUUGACGUCGUCAGAGCGCCACCGGAGCAUCCACUGGCUCGUCCACAAUCAAGAGGACAGCGGGGGCUUCCGAGGGCGCACAGGCAAAACAGCCGACGCAUGCUAUAGUUUCUGGUGCGGGGCAGGAUUGAAGCUUCUAGGAGCAUCAGACCUGGUCGAUGCCGAAUCACACGCAUCAUUCAUCGCCAGCUGUCAAUUCAAGUUUGGUGGCAUAUGCAAAUUUCCGGGGGAGACCCCAGACCCUUAUCACACCUACCUCGCCAUGGCAUCGUUGGCGCUGUACCCUCCCAGCGUCGAUAUAUCAGUGGCGGCAUCCUGGAAGAUCGCGCCGAUCGAUGCACUGCUCAAUGCUACAGAAGAUACCGUCAGAUGGAUCAGACACCACGUCCCCGCGCCGCGCACCGUUGGAUGAUCCAACGCCCCAUCAGCCAGACUGCGUGCGAUUUGGCCGUGUUUGUUGCGGUAAAACACGAUGUCGCCGUCGU